AUGUACUACCCAAGUGAGUAUUCUCGCGCAAACCCUCGUGUCAGAAGAGCUACCCCGGAUUACGCGGAGAGAGCAUAUCCUGCUAGAUAUGCCCCCCAAUUUGUGCCCCAAUUUUCUCCCCGCUACGGCUACGGAUACCCUAGACGUUCCAAUGCAUACGAUUUGGCAGAUCUCCUCAAUUCACUCGGAUACCAAAGACCACAUCCGUACUACGCUGAGGAUCCGUAUAUCGGAGGGUAUGAAGACGAAGACGAUGAGGUAGACGAAGAGGUUGACGAAGAGGUCGACGAAGAAGGUGACCAAUUUCAGCCAGAAGCCCCCGAAGAGCGUCCUGCUUUCGCGAAAAGGCCAAGCGAAGUCCAAUACACUAAUUUGUACGGGAAUCCAAUGCAAUCUGGUGGCGACCCAUACUCUGCUCUUGCAAGUCUAUUGGAGGGGCUUCCCAGAUCAACCCCAAAAGAGCCAAGAAUCCGCUCUUCAGUUCAGUAUCAGCCCCCAAAGGAUGAAGCUCCCCCAGCUGUUGCUCCCGACCAAUCAUUUUCAAGCAGACCAUCGAGAUCAAGUCUCUCUGCUGGACGCCCAAAACUGGUCAAGAGACCCUCUCUUCUACAGGCUGUCCACGAACCGGGUCCAGGAGCCAGUUUCGAUCAAUUGCAGAUUUCCAGUCCUCAGACGAAGACCGAAUUACCAUACUCUCCACCAAUCAACGUGUAUGAUUUUAAGGACAAGUACGUUGUCAUUGCACUAUUACCGGGUGCAGAUAAGCAAAAAAUUGGCAUUGACUUCCACCCAUCUUCGAACGAAUUGCAACUCAAAGGCUCCAUCGAAAACAAGUACUUUGACAGGGCUCAAGAGGAAGAUGCCUUGAAAGUCUCCGAGCAAAAAUUUGGGGCUUUUGAGAGGGUGGUCAGAUUCCCCAGUUUCCCCAGACUCGAGGAGGAUCUUGUGAAGGCCAAUUUCCAAAAUGGUGUUCUGGAAGUUGUUGUGCCAAAAAUAUUGGAGGAGAAGACGAAGAAGGCCAAGCAACCAAAAAAGAUUCUUCUUGAGGAUAUUCCAGACGAAGAAUUAGCAAGGGAGUCCAAGGGUGGGUUUUUGGUCUGA